GUCUUGCUCAUGCAGUGGACCGAGAGACCGGCAUUUGACUGUGGCCUGGACAACGGACCACGGAGCCAGAGCUAUGGUCGGCUGUUCUUAUAGUCAAGCAGGUGACGCGAUUCGUUCUAACAGCUGACUGAACGAUCAGUUUUCAUUUUUCUUCUGUCACCAUCUUCAGCAACACCCUUCGCGUGGUAAAAGUUAUCGCCUAGUUUCCAACGCAAUCCCCCCCAAACACACCAUGAAGCUGCCCGCUCUCCUCGCCGCCCUCUCCCUCGGCGUGGCCGACGUCUCGGGCCACUACAUUUUCCAGCAACUCGGCGUGGGAUCCUCCAAGUUUGGCGUGUACGAGCACAUAAGGAAGAACACCAACUACAACUCACCCGUAACGAGCCUGUCGUCCAACGACCUGCGCUGCAACGUGGGCGGCAACUCGGGCGCCAGCACGACCGUCGUCAACGUCAAAGCCGGCGACUCCUUUACCUUCUACAGCGACACGGCCGUUUAUCAUCAGGGGCCGAUCUCUCUGUACAUGUCCAAGGCGCCGGGCUCGGUCCAAGACUACGACGGAUCGGGUGACUGGUUCAAGAUCUACGACUGGGGCCCUACCUUCAGCGGCGGGUCGUCCUCGUGGCCGAUGCGGAACUCCUACCAGUACAACAUCCCGCGCUGCAUCAAGGACGGCGAGUACCUGCUGCGCAUCCAGUCGCUGGCCAUCCACAACCCGGGCAGCACGCCGCAGUUCUACAUCAGCUGCGCCCAGGUGAACGUCACAGGCGGCGGGAAUGCCACCCCGAGCCCGACUGCCAAGAUUCCGGGUGCUUUCAAGGCUACCGAUCCUGGGUACACUGCCAAUAUCUACAACAACUUCCACUCGUACACUGUCCCGGGACCAGCUGUGUUUCAGUGCUAGUUGACAUGGCUGGAUGAUACGUACCGGACUGAUUUCUAGGAAAGGACUUGAAGAGGAACGUCGGUCUUGAUGUGAGGUCAGGUGGUGGGUGGGCCUCUGGAUCGUAGAUAGUAUAUUGAAGCAAUCCUUCGCAUAAGACUCGGCCUCAAGGUUCAUUGAGAUUCUAGAACUCAGAGCAUGUCAUUACCACAAAACUUUGCCUUAGCUACAAGCCAUUGACAUGAGUCUGCCCGGAUGGAUCUCGUGGCGACUGGGGAGGAACCGACGAGCGAAGACGCUUUUCCAUAGUAACUC